UCGAGGCCUCGAUUCUAGUUCUUUAGUAAGUUUCAUGCGCUCGGUUUCUUCUCAUUUGAUCUGCGAUGACUCGGAGCUGGUUGCUGGGCUGCAUUGGCUUUCUGUUAUGGCUCCUCUCCUGCAGGGCGGAGAAGGAGAAUCUCAGACUGAAAGAAGAUCUACAGCCGCGCAUUAUUAAUGGGAGCGUGGCUAGAGUAGAUGAGGCGCGUCACCUGGUCUCCAUUCGCCUUCUUCAGCAUGACAACAACUUUGGCAAUGGCCACAUCUGUGGUGGGGCCCUGAUCGCACCUCGAAAAGUCCUGACUGCAGCUCACUGUCUGUACAACAACCAGAGGAAGCGCUUUCGGCGGGCCAGCGAGUUCGUCGUCGUUUUGGGCACGCUGAACCGCUUCGAACGGCGCAAUGGGACCAUCGUAUCCCCAGUGAGCUCUAUGGCUUACAUGCACACAUUCAGUCCAGAUAGCAUGCGUGACGACGUGGGGAUUCUCUUCCUACGCAAUGGGCUGCCGCUGACUUCUGGCGUGGUCCACCUCACCGUAGCCCCUAUCCAGCUAGCGGGUCAGGUCACACCGCCUGGAAGGGUGUGCCAGGUUGCUGGCUGGGGACGCACGGAGCAGAGUUCUCUAUCUAAUAUCCUCUUAACGGCCAAUGUGAGCACCAUUCGGCACCAGACCUGCCGUAUGAUUUACAGAUCUGGCCUGCUGCCUGGAAUGAUGUGCGCAGGACGGUUGCAGGGUGGUACCGACUCCUGUCAAGGUGACUCUGGUGGUCCACUGGUGCACGACGGGCGCCUGGUGGGUGUCGUCUCCUGGGGUUAUGGGUGCGCAGAGCCUGGAUUGCCAGGCGUUUACGUUGACGUGGAGUACUAUCGCCAGUGGAUAGAGGCACGCAGUGGAGCCCAAUACUGUGGGAUGACUUCCAAGCUGCUCCUGCUCCUACUAACCUUAUGCUCUGUGCUAGUGGCUAAAGCUGUCUGACUUUAGGAUUACCUUGUAAUGCUGUAGACUUUAACUGAAUAUUUAUGAGUACUCCUUUUAUGCGUAGGACCUAAGUUGAAAAAAUGAAAUAUGUCUUAAAACCGUA